UCUGAGGCGCCAUCAAAAAAGAACUUGUAUUUUACUGAGAACAAUGCUCCCAGAACUUGGGGUGUGCCCGUCAAAGGGCGGGACCCCUAGAUGUGCCACAGUGUCAUCCCGCUGCGAGAUUCCGGUGUCCGCCGGGUUAGCGGGAUUGGGCCUGCUGCUGGCCUUUCUUAGCACGCUCGGCUGCAGUGUACGAGCCCCAGGUUUGAGCAUGGCAGAAGGAGACAGCUUGGUAUCAGUGGAUUAUGAAGUUUUUGGGAAGGUGCAAGGGGUGUUUUUUCGCAAGUACACUCAGGCUGAAGGUAAAAAGCUGGGAUUGGUAGGCUGGGUCCGGAACACUGACCGGGGCACAGUGCAAGGACAAUUGCAAGGUCCCACGUCCAAGGUGCGUCAUAUGCAGGAAUGGCUUGAGACAAAAGGAAGUCCCAAAUCACACAUUGAAAGAGCAAACUUCAACAAUGAGAAAGCCAUUUUAAAGUUGGAUUACUCGGAUUUUCAAAUUGUGAAAUAAUGGCCUGAAUUUAAAUUUUCCAAGAUAAAUUCAGUAGUUUUGGUUUCUACUGUUAAUAAACAUAGAAUUAUUCUGUGUUCAA